AUGGGAGAUGAGAGGAGCUGCUAUGGGUUUAACAGCAGCAACAAGGGGAUUUGUUGUCCUCUUUCUGUCCAUGACAGUGGCAGAAAGCAGGAAUGGGGUGACUUACAUGUCUGCUCAGGUCUGUGCCGUGAGAGGAUCAACAGUGGACAUACGCUGCACCUGCAGACAGCCAUCCACAAUCCAGAUCUCCGGGUGCAGGUGAGAAGAUCGUAUUUUACCUGGGCUCAGCAGUUUUGUCAAAGCACUUGUCAUUUACCUGAUCGUCCAUCCUACAUCUGGUACAAGAACGGGCAGACAAUUCAGGAGGAAACAUCAUCCUCAUAUUCAGAUUACGUUGAGCCUGCAGACAGUUAUUCCUGUGCUGUGAAAGGACAUGCAGAUUUCUCUGCUCCUCCAGUGUGUGUCUUUGGUCAAAUCUGCAACAGAGUGACAUACGCAGCCAGAAGCAUCUGCGUCUCUAAUGGCUCUUCAGUGGACAUUUCUUGCACGUUUAACAGUUACGAAGAUCAAGUUGAAUCUACAUUCUGGUUCAGUCCUGAUCGUAGUUCUCAGUGGCAGAAUCCUCCCCAGCCUGAAGACCUUAGUACAGACUCCCAGUAUACAGGUCGUGUUCAUGUUAAAACAGAGAGAGGAUUCUCCACUCUGAGAAUCUCUGACCUGAGAGAGAGAGACUCAGCUGAGUAUCACUUCAAGUUCAAAACGCCAAACUUUGAAUGGAGGAGUAGUUUACCUGGAACAACUCUGACUGUCACAGCUCUGCAGGUGCAGGUGAUCAGAGCAACAGUCCAGCAGUAUUAUACCGAGGCAGAGCUGAAGUGUCACAGCAGCUGCAGUCCAGCUGGUGGUCUCUCCUACGUCUGGUUCAAGAACAGAGAACACAUUACCUCGGUGGAGACAUCUACUUAUACAACCAGGUUUAAUCCCACAGAUGUCUUCUCCUGUGCGUUGAAAGGACAUGAGAAGUUCCCCUCUCCUUCAGUGUAUGGUCCAAAUCUUCCCUCUGUGUCAGUGAGUCCCUCUGCUGAGAUAGUGGAGAACAGUUCAGUGACUCUGACCUGUAGCAGUGAUGCUAACCCAGCAGCUAACUACACCUGGUACAAGGAGAAUGGAAAUCUAAACCUUCAACGUUUCAGUGAAAAACCACAGCUCGUCUUUAGCUCCAUCCAGUCCUCAGACUCUGGAGAGUAUUACUGUACAGCUGAGAAUAAGCUGGGGAGGACAUCUAGAUCCAUCUCUAUUGAUGUGAAAUAUGGUCCAAAGCUUCCCUCUGUGUCAGUGAGUCCCUCUGCUGAGAUAGUGGAGGGCAGUUCAGUGACUCUGACCUGUAGCAGUGAUGCUAACCCAGCAGCUAACUACACCUGGUACAAGGAGAACCAAACACUGCCUCAUGGACAACAAGGCAUCUACCAUUUCACCUCCAUCAGCUCUGAGGACAGUGGGAACUACUACUGCAAGUCUGAGAAUCAACACGGACAGAUCAACUCUACAUCUCAAUUUAUAGAUGUACAGUAUGCUCCAAAUCUUACCUUUGUGUCAGUGAGUCCCUCUGCUGAGAUAGUGGAGGGCAGUUCAGUGAUUCUGACGUGUAGCAGUGAUGCUAACCCAGCAGCUAACUACACCUGGUACAAGAAAAAACAGAUCCUGCUUCAAACAUCAAAAUAUAUUUAUCAUUUCACUUCUAUCAGCUUAGAUGAUAGCGGGAACUACCACUGCCAGUCUGAGAAUAAGCAUGGCCAGAGAAACUCCACAUCUGUACACAUAGAUGUUCAGUAUGCUCCGAAGCUUCUCUCUGUGUCAGUGAGUCCCUCUGCUGAGAUAGUGGAGGGCAGUUCAGUGAAUCUGACCUGUAGCAGUGAUGCUAACCCAGCAGCUAACUACACCUGGUACAAGGGGAAUGAAGACUCACCAAAAGCAUCAGGACAGAUCUUCACCAUCACUGAUGUUAGACCUGAACACAGUGGGAAUUAUUACUGUGAAGCCCAGAACAGAAGAGGACGUCAGACCUCCACCUUACAUCUGACUGUUGUAGCAGGUUCAAUGAAAUCAGUAGCUGCUGGAUCCAUCACUGCUAUUUUCCUGGCUAUCAUAUUCCUCUGUGCCUUCCUAUUUAUUAGAAGAAAGAGGUUCUGGAAACGAACCAGCGAGCCUGGAGAGAGACCAGACAACCAAGCUCAGGGUUCAGUGUAUGACAGCCCUUCAGCUCCAGUCCAGAGAACUCCAGCAGAGCCGCACGAAGACCUUUGCUAUGCCAGCGUGAUCUUCUCUAAAAACCAGGAAGAUCCUCUCUACUCCAACAUCAGGCUAGCUCAGCCUCACAGACACAAGGAGGAAGAGGAGGACGAGGAUGUGGAGUACACUACUGUCAACUUUAAGAGUUCCAGUGCUACCGCAGAAUCUGACUAUCAAGAGGCUGCGGAGGAUUUAUAUGAACUGUACAGCACGGUCAGCAAACACCCAAGAGUUUGAACACAAUACAGAUCUUUGGUCUCUUUAGCAGUGUUCAAGCAAGUCAACACACUUAUGAAUAUUAAGAUUGAGUAUUUGUUAUGACAUGCUGCAUUGGGUCAUUUCUCUAGUGUCAUCAGUUAACUGCUGGUAAGCUUGUAAUUUAUAAAUACCAAUACACAAUUUUCUGAAAAGUUACUAAGGAGCAAUGUUCUACUGCCAGUGUUAACAAAUCUUGUCAAGUAUUUCUUUGUAUAUGAUAUUUCUUUACCACAAAUUUU